AUGGCCUCCCGUCCCCAGAACAUUGGCAUCAAGGCCAUCGAAAUCUACUUCCCCAGCCAGUAUGUGGAGCAAGCCGAGCUUGAAAAGUUCGAUGGCGUUAGCACGGGCAAGUAUACAAUUGGUCUCGGCCAGACUAAGAUGAGCUUCUGCGACGACCGUGAGGAUAUCUACUCGUUCAGCUUGACCGUCGUGUCCAACCUCCUCAAGAAGUACAACAUCGACACCAACUCGAUCGGCCGUCUCGAGGUCGGUACCGAGACCAUCCUCGACAAGUCCAAGUCGGUCAAGUCGGUGUUGAUGCAGCUGUUUGGCGACAACACCAACAUUGAGGGUGUCGACACAGUAAACGCCUGCUACGGCGGCACCAACGCCGUUUUCAACUCUGUCAACUGGAUUGAGUCUUCUGCCUGGGAUGGCCGCGAUGCCAUUGUUGUUGCCGGUGAUAUUGCCCUCUACGCCAAGGGCAAUGCCCGCCCGACUGGUGGUGCCGGUGCCGUUGCGCUCUUGAUUGGUCCUGAUGCGCCCAUCGUUUUCGAGCCCGGCAUGCGUGGCAGCUACAUGCAGCACGCCUAUGACUUCUACAAGCCCGACCUCACCUCCGAGUAUCCCUAUGUUGAUGGCCACUACUCCAUCAACUGCUACUCCGAGGCCCUCGACGGUGCUUACCGCGCCUACUGCAAGCGCGAGGCCCAGCUCACCAAGGGCGUCAACGGCCAUGCGAACGGCAACGCCAACGGCGUAACAGACGACAUCCUCAAGACUCCCCUUGACCGCUUCGACUACAUGGCUUUCCAUGCCCCUACCUGCAAGCUCGUGCAAAAGUCGUAUGCCCGCCUCCUCUACCACGACUACCUUGCCGACCCUGAGCACAAGGCCUUCGCCGAGGUUCCCGCCGACAUCCGCGACAUGGACUACAAGAAGUCUCUGACCGACAAGGUUGUCGAGAAGACCUUCAUGACCCUCACCAAGAAACGCUUCCAGGAGCGCGUCAACCCCGCCAUCCAGGUUGCUACUCUUUGCGGUAACAUGUACUGCGCCAGCGUCUGGGGCGGUCUUGCCAGCUUGAUCGGCCACGUCGACAGCGCCAACCUCCAGGGCAAGCGCAUCGCCCUCUUCUCCUACGGCUCCGGUCUUGCCGCCUCCUUCUUCUCUUUCCGCAUCAACGGCAGCACCGAGACCAUUUCCAAGACUCUUGACAUUCCCCAGAGACUUGUCGCUCGCCGCACCGUCCCCCCAGAGACCUACGACUCGAUGUGCGACCUCCGCAAGAAGGCCCAUCUCCAGAAGGACUACGUCCCCACCGGCGAGGUGUCCACCAUUGCCCCCGGCACCUACUACCUCGAGAAGGUCGACGACAUGUUCAAGAGGUUCUACGCCGUCAAGGAGUAA